ACGAUCUUCACCUCAAACACACAAAAGCAGAUUCUGGACAGACAUUUAGUAGUGAACCAACAAAUCUCAUCGACACAACUCGAGACACAGUUUGACACAAUACACACCGUCAAAGGCAUACUCAAAGUGGCCAAAGGCCAAGUUCAGUUUGUCCUGUUGGCUUUCAAAAAAGCCGGUGCUAUUGACCCUCAAUUCUCGUGUAUUCACAUAUUCUUUAAGACGAUUUAUGAUUAUACA